UCAAAACGCUGGGAGUAUUCCAUCAGCGUUUGAAGGCAUUGAGCUCCUGGGCCGUUAUCUGAUUUCCGACAGAACUCCCCGCGCUGUCCCGAGCCUCUCCUGCCGCGUCCAGCGGUGUCAGCGGGAGCGCUCGGGGACAGCGCCGCUCCCACGGCGGAGCCAGCGCGGAGCCGGGAUCUUGCACAACCCCCAGCGCUGCCGCUCCCCAUCGGCCGCCCCCAGCCCCCGCCCAGGCGCCGCUCAGGAGCGGAGCCCCGCGGGCAGCGCGGGGGCUGCGGAGCCACAGCGCGCUCGCCUCAGCGCGGAGCUGCGCCCGCCCCGCUCAGCUCGGCUCGGCUCUGAUCGGAUCCGCUCGGCUUUGAUCGGCUCGGCUCGGCUCUGCUCGGAUCCGCUCCGCGAUGCCGAGCUUCCUGAAGUGGCUGCUGGGGAUCCUGGCGGUCGCCGUGGUUGUGGUGGUGAUCACCGUGCCCCUGGUGCUGCUCACCCGCCAAGAGACCCCUUCAGGAAAAACGUACACUCUACAGAAUUACGUGAACAAUGAAUAUAAGUACAAAACACAUAAUUUGGAGUGGAUUUCAGGAAAUCAGUAUCUUCACAAAACAGAUAAUGGGAACAUCCUGUGUAUCAGUGCUGAGAACGGAACAUUCACAUUAAUCCUGGCAAAUACAACUUUAGAUAAGUACCAGGCAAGCACUGUUAUAUUGUCUCCUGACCUAAAGUUUGCUCUUCUGCAAUACAGCUAUACAAAGUUGUGGAGGCAUUCCUUUACAGCUUCGUAUCACAUCUAUGAUUUCGGUAACAGUUCUAUCUUAGAUGAUGGACUACUACCUAAUGAUACACAGUAUAUAUCCUGGUCACCUGUUGGUCAUAAGCUGGCAUAUGUUUGGAAUAAUAAUGUUUAUGUAAAAGCUUCACCAACAGAAGAAGCAGUGCAAAUCACUAAAAAUGGAGAAGAAAAUAAAAUUUUCAAUGGAAUACCAGACUGGGUUUAUGAAGAGGAAAUGUUUGGCACCCAUUCUGCUCUGUGGUGGUCUCCAAAUGGCAAUUUUUUGGCAUAUGCAUCCUUUAAUGAUACAGAAGUCCCUGUUAUAGAGUAUUCCUUUUAUUCUGAAGACACCUUGCAGUAUCCAAAGACCAUUAAAAUCCCAUAUCCCAAGGCAGGAGCUACAAAUCCAACUGUACAGUUCUUUAUUGUGGAUACCACAUCACUUCCAACUUUCAAGUCUGUUGAAAUUUUUCCACCUGCAGAAAUAAAAUCAAGUGAUCAUUAUUUGAGUGUUGUAACAUGGGUGACAGAUGAAAGGAUUUGUCUGCAGUGGCUUAGAAGAAUUCAGAAUUUUUCAGUCCUCACAGUCUGUGACUUUGAAAAUGCUACUUGGUCAUGUCCGAAGGAAAAACAAUUUACUGAAGAAAGUACAACUGGCUGGAUUGGCAGAUUUCAGCCAUCUGUCCCUCACUUUGCACCCGACAAGGCUUCCUACUACAAAGUCUUCAGCGACACAGCAGGUUACAAGCACAUCCAUUACAUAAAUGGCUCACAGGUUCCAGUAGCUAUUACUACAGGAAAUUGGGAAGUAAUCAGCAUAGAAGCUGUAACCAAUCAAUUUUUAUACUACAUCAGUAAUGAAAAUAAUGGAAUGCCAGGAGGAAGAAAUCUUUAUAAAGUGCUCUUGGAAAGCAGUCCAAAAUUGCCUAAAUGUGUUAGCUGUAAUCUGGAUGAAAAAAGAUGCCAGUAUUAUUCUGUGUCCUUCAGCAAAGACACACAGUAUUAUCAGCUAAAUUGUCUCGGUCCUGGCCUGCCCAUGUCUACCCUGCACAGAAGCACUGAUGACAAAGUCCUCAGAUACUUGGAAAAAAACACUGAACUGGAAAAUUCAUUGAAAGAUAUUCAGAUGCCUUCAAAAAAAUUUGGCUCCCUUAAUAUAGGUGGAUACAACCUGUGGUAUCAAAUGAUUCUGCCUCCCCAUUUUGAUGAAUCAAAGAAGCAUCCUCUGCUCCUUGAUGUCUACGCAGGACCGUGCAGUCAGAAAGUGGACCAAACGUUCCAGCUCAGCUGGGCCACGUACCUGGCGAGCACGGAGCGCGUCAUCGUGGCCAGCUUCGACGGCAGGGGCAGCGGCUACCAGGGCGACCGCAUCAUGCACGCCAUAAACCGGAGGCUGGGAACAUAUGAAGUGGAAGAUCAGAUAGAAGCAGCCAGAAAAUUUUCUGAAAUGAGCUUCGUUGAUAAGGACAGAAUAGCUAUUUGGGGUUGGUCUUAUGGGGGAUAUGCGACCUCCAUGGUGCUUGGCUCUGGGAGCGGCGUGUUCAAGUGUGGAAUAGCGGUUGCCCCCGUGUCACGCUGGCAAUAUUAUGAUUCAAUAUACACAGAGCGAUACAUGGGCCUUCCUACAGAAAAUGAUAAUCUGAAGAACUAUAAUAGUUCAACAGUAAUGGCCAGAGCUGAAAAAUUCAAGGAAGUUGAAUAUCUCCUUAUUCAUGGAACAGCAGAUGAUAAUGUUCACUUUCAGCAAGCAGCACAGAUUUCCAAAGCUCUUGUUGAUGCUGAAGUGGAUUUUCAGGCAAUGUGGUACACUGACAAAGACCAUUCCAUCUCCGGUCAAGCACACAAGCAUAUUUAUACCCACAUGAGCCACUUCAUAAAGCAGUGUUUCUCUCUGCACUAGCACCAGCAUUGUGCUCGUUAGUGAUGGUACUUCUCCAGAAAACUCUCACAAAAUGUACUCUGAGCCAGUAUAAAUCAAGAUGAGCUAAGAGUCAGCUCUUGGGAUACCAGUGUACACAAUGAAGUGCUAAUCUUUGUAAUGAUUCCUGUUGCCAAGCAACUAUUGCAUUUUUAUUGAUUGUUUAAUCGGGUCUUAACAUCACCAGAAUGAUGUUGCAGACUUCUAGGAAGCAUGGUACUUGCUUGAGUAAUUACCUUUUGAUAUUUCAGUCUAAAAGAGGAACAAUCCAGUUUGUGUAUUAGAGAAAGGAAUGAUAAAAAUGUCACAUCACAGAAUAAAAAAAAAAAUAAUGUUUCCAUCAAAAAUGAAAUGAACCCUGGGGUAAUUUCUGUGAAAAUAAUGAAGAAACAUUUUUGCAGGAAUUCGUAAGGCUUGAUAAUUAUUAUUUUAGAAUUGUUACCAGGAAUACUGCAAUGUUAGUAUGUGCAGAAUGAAAUACUUUACACUGCAGUUCCUGAAGUGAGUGUGUUUGCUCUGCAAUCUCUUGUAUUACAGUUCCAGAACUCUUGCAAGGCAAGCACAUAACCAGCUUUCACCAAAGAUUUUGAAUGACACCUAAUCAAACCAGUGCCACUCAAUUUCUUUGUGUGCUAUCAUAUAGUACUAUGAUUUUUGCUUAUUUUACAGUAAAAAUGGCUGCUACACUGGGAAUAUGCACUGCAAAAUCUCCUCUGGGAACAAGAGCCCUAUUUUUUUAAUGCAGAAGUUGCUCAUGUACUGAUGAAUAGGAACUGGUUCUUACACUGAGACAUAAAACAUUACAAUGUGAACUAGCAGUCACUUACAGCAAGGGCUGGACUGUUACUCUCCUGUGAAUGUGCUCUUUGGCAAAACCUUACAGCCUACCAAUAAAUAUCUGCUUUUUUUACAGCACUCCAGGUAGGCUUCUCCAUCUAAUCUGAGGAUUAGUUUUCUUAAUUUUACAUAGAAAAAAUGCAAUCCACUUCUACUAAAAAUUGUGCUGCUUUAAAAUAAUAAAGAUACUAAUUUAUGAAAGGA